AGAAAAGAACAGAAAAAAACGAACGGUGCUGAUAAAAAGUCUUAAAAGCGUAAAACCUAAUCUCUCAAAUCGCAGACGUUCUCCUCUCUCUUCUUUUCUCCAGCGUCCGAUCAAUCUCUCCCCUCUCUCGAUCUCCCUCGCAUCCUCCUCCUCCAAUCAACAGCCUCUCCCCUCUGUUUCACUCCCGCCCUUUUUUCGAAUUCUUCUGGGUAUCUCUGAGAUGGCGGAGCCUCAGGCCAAGAGUCCCGGUGGCUGUGGAAGCCAUGAGAGUGGCGGAGAUCAAAGCCCGAGGUCGUCGCACGUCCGUGAGCAAGACAGGUUCCUUCCGAUUGCUAACAUAAGCCGUAUCAUGAAAAGAGGUCUCCCUCCUAAUGGUAAGAUCGCUAAAGACGCCAAGGAGAUUGUCCAGGAAUGUGUCUCCGAAUUCAUCAGCUUCAUCACCAGCGAAGCGAGUGAUAAGUGCCAAAGAGAGAAAAGGAAGACCAUUAAUGGAGAUGAUUUGCUUUGGGCAAUGGCCACUUUAGGAUUUGAAGACUACAUCGAACCACUCAAGAUUUACCUGACGAGAUAUAGAGAGGGUGACACAAAGGGAUCAGCAAAAGGCGGGGAUCCGAAUGCAAAGAAAGAUGCCCAAUCAAGCCAAAAUGGCCAGUUCUCACAGCUUGCUCACCAAGGCUCUUACUCACAAGCUCCUUAUGGGAACUCUCAAGCUCAGCACAUGAUGGUUCCAAUGCCUGGCACAGACUAGUAUGAUGAUGGUUCCAAAAGGGCUUGUCUGUAUAUUAUUUGUGUUGUAACGAAGAGUUUUGGCUAUGCACAACUGUGACAAUAAUCAUCUCAUUGUUCUUUUUUUUGUUUUUUCCGUUGGAUAUGUUCUGAAGAUGUCAAGAAAUUCAUCUAUAUAUUUCGUUUGUUGGUUUCUUGGAUUAUUAUUUCAUGCAAGACUAGAGCCAUUAAUAUUUGUUUUUUAAGUACCAUAGAUCAUAAGCCAAAAAUUAUCUAGCGAAAACUUAUUUGUAAA